UGCCUGAGGUGAGCAGGAAGGAGACCGCGGCCCAGCAGCCCGUGGGCCGGCGCGGCGGAACGCACAGGGCAGGCGGCGGCGCCGAGGGACGCGGAGGCCUCGGGCGGGGGGGAGUCCAGGUCUCCAGUGGGGGCUACAAGCUAAGCAAGAUGAGGCGGUUCCUGAGACCAGGGCAUGAUCCUGCCCGGGAGAGGCUCAAGCGGGACCUGUUCCAGUUUAACAAGACGGUGGAACAUGGCUUCCCGCACCAGCCCAGCGCCCUUGGCUACAGUGCCUACCUGCGCAUCCUGGCCAUCGGCACCCGCUCUGGAGCCGUCAAGCUCUACGGAGCCCCAGGGGUGGAGUUCAUGGGACUACACCAGGAGAACAACGCUGUAACACAGAUCCACUUCCUGCCUGGCCAGUGCCAGUUGGUAACUCUGUUAGAUGACAACAGUCUGCACCUGUGGAGCCUGAAGGUCAAGUGUGGGGUGUCAGAGCUGCAGGAAGAUGAGAGCUUCACACUGCGUGGUCCCCCUGGGGCUGCCCCCAGUGCCACACAGAUCACUGUGGUCCUGCCACACUCCUCCCGAGAGCUGCUCUACUUGGGUACUGAGAGUGGCAACGUGUUUGUGGUACAGCUGCCAGCCUUCCGCUCGCUGGAGGACCGGACCGUCAGCUCAGACGCCGUGCUGCAGCGCUUGCCAGAGGAGGCCCGCCAGCGGCGGGUGUUCGAAAUGGUGGAGGCACUGCAGGAGCACCCUCGGGACCCCAACCAGAUCUUGAUUGGCUACAGCCGAGGCCUCAUUGUCAUCUGGGACCUGCGGGGUAGCCAUGUGCUCUACCACUUCCUCUGCAGCCAGCAAUUGGAGAGUGUCUGCUGGCAGCGGGAUGGCCGCCUGCUUGUCAGCUGUCACUCUGAUGGCAGCUACUGCCAGUGGUCCAUGUCCAGAGACACCCAGCACCCAGAGCCCCUCCGCAGCCUCGUGCCUUAUGGUCCAUUUCCUUGCAAAGCUAUUACCAAAAUCUUCUGGCUGACCACCAAGCAGGGGUUGCCCUUCACCAUAUUCCAGGGUGGCAUGCCACGGGCCAGCUAUGGGGACCGCCACUGCAUCUCAGUGGUCCAUGAUGGCCAGCAGACGGCCUUCGACUUCACCUCCCGUGUCAUCGACUUCACUGUCCUCACUAAGGCAGACCCCUCAGCUGCCUUUGAUGACCCUUAUGCUCUGGUGGUGCUGGCCGAGGAGGAGCUGGUGGUGAUUGACCUGCAGACGGCAGGCUGGCCUCCCGUGCAGCUGCCCUACUUGGCCUCCCUCCACUGCUCUGCCAUCACCUGCUCCCACCACGUCUCCAAUAUCCCCCUGAAGCUAUGGGAGAGGAUCAUUGCGGCCGGUAGCCAACAGAAUGUGCAGUUCUCCACCAUGGAGUGGCCCAUCGAUGGUGGCACCAGCCUGGCCCCAGCCCCGCCCCAGAGAGACCUGCUGCUCACUGGGCAUGAGGAUGGCACAGUGCGGUUCUGGGACGCCUCUGGCGUGUGCCUGCGGCUGCUCUACAAGCUCAGCACAGUGCGCGUGUUCCUCACUGACACGGACCCCAGUGAGAACCUCAAUGCCCAGGGCGAGGACGAGUGGCCCCCUCUCCGCAAGGUGGGUUCCUUUGACCCCUACAGCGAUGACCCCCGGCUGGGCAUCCAGAAGAUUUUCCUGUGCAAAUACAGUGGCUACCUGGCUGUGGCUGGCACGGCAGGACAGGUGCUAGUGCUGGAGCUGAAUGAUGAGGCGGCGGAGCAGACUGUGGAGCAGGUGGAGGCCGACCUACUGCAGGACCAGGAUGGCUACCGCUGGAAGGGGCACGAGCGCCUAGCCACCCGCUCGGGACCCGUGCGCUUUGAGCCUGGCUUCCAGCCCUUCGUGUUAGUACAGUGCCAGCCCCCGGCUGUGGUCACCUCCUUGGCCCUGCACUCAGAGUGGCGGCUUGUGGCCUUUGGCACCAGCCAUGGCUUUGGCCUCUUUGACCACCAGCAGCGGCGACAGGUGUUUGUGAAAUGCACUCUGCACCCCAGCGACCAACUAGCUUUUGAGGGCCCGCUGUCCCGAGUGAAGUCCCUCAAGAAGUCCCUACGCCAGUCCUUCCGUCGAAUGCGCCGCAGCAGGGCAUCCAGCCGGAAGCGACGGCCAGGUGGUGCCCCAGGGGAGGUGCCAGAGGGAUGCGCCAAGGUGGAGCGAGCAGGCUUGCAGAACAUGGAGCUGGCGCCUGUGCAACGCAGGAUUGAGGCCCGCUCAGCGGAGGACUCCUUCACAGGCUUUGUCCGGACUCUCUACUUUGCUGACACAUACCUGAGGGACAGCUCCCGCCACUGCCCCUCUCUGUGGGCAGGCACCAAUGGGGGCACCGUCUAUGCCUUCUCCCUGCGUGUUCCCCCAGCCGAGCGGAGGAUGGAUGAGCCAGUGCGGGCCGAGCAGGCCAAGGAAAUCCAGCUGAUGCACCGAGCACCUGUGGUGGGUAUCCUUGUGCUUGACGGACACAGUGUGCCCCUUCCCGAGCCUCUGGAGGUGGCCCAUGACCUGUCAAAGAGCCCAGAUAUGCAAGGAAGCCACCAGCUGCUUGUCGUGUCAGAGGAACAGUUCAAGGUAUUCACAUUGCCCAAGGUGAGUGCCAAGCUGAAGCUGAAGCUGACAGCCCUGGAAGGCUCACGUGUGCGGCGGGUCGGCGUGGCCCACUUCAGCAGCUGUCAAGCCGAGGAUUAUGGAGAGUACCACCUGGCGGUCCUCACCAACCUGGGCGACAUCCAGGUGGUCUCACUGCCUCUGCUCAAGCCCCAGGUGCGCUAUAGCUGCAUCCGCCGGGAGGAUGUCAGUGGUAUCGCCUCCUGUGUCUUCACCAAAUACGGUCAAGGUUUCUACCUAAUCUCCCCCUCUGAGUUUGAGCGCUUCUCUCUCUCCACUAAGUGGUUGGUUGAGCCCCGGUGUCUGGUGGAUUCGGCAGAAACCAAGAGUCGCACCCACCCUGGCAAUGGGACAGGCCCGGAAAAGGCCUCAGGCUGGGCCAGGAACUCAGGGAGCCAGAGUGAUGGAGAAGAGAAGAAGCCAGGCCCCGUGAUGGAACACGCUCUGCUCAGUGAUGAGAGAGUCCUGAGGGAGAUCCAGAGCACACUGGAAGGGGACCAAGGGAGCUAUGGCAACUGGCGUUCUCGAGUGGCGGUGGGGUACAGCCUCAGCAAUGGGGGAGCAGAGUGAAUUGGAAGGACAUCCUGGCUGCAUGAAGAGCACACACUACUGAGGGCCCUUCCUCGGGGCCCUGCUUCACUGGGAGAGGCCAUGUACAGGGCUGAGCCAGGGGCUGGGACACCCCUGGUUUCUACCCUGAAGCUGCUUCUGGCCUUGGGCGAGGGCAGUUCCCUGGCCCCUGGGGCUGCCCCUGUGGGGCCAGUCUCAGUCCUUUGGUCAAUGUUGCACAGUUUUUAUUCCUCCCAUCCCCUCUUUUUGUAGUGGGCUGGGUUUUAAAUUAUAAAAUUUAACUGCCUCUGGGUGAUAAAGUUUUUAAUAAACACCUAUUACCUCCUCA